AACUGGCCUACAGCCAGAUAGUUGUACGUUCAACUGCAUUCGAGAGACUGUGAAACAUCUGGCUGGUACACGUGUACAGUACAUCGUCAAUCCAGAUGCGAUAGAAACGGAAUGACCCACUGACCCAUAGCAUAAAUCCACAUAAACGGCACGCUCACCGCCGGCUUAUUACUCUGUUGGAAACAGAGCUUACGCCCCUUUAUUUCCGAGACUGCACGACCGCGACUACCUACUAGUAGUAAUAAUACCAGUAGCCUCAAAGUAGUGGUUUCAGAGUACCAGUUUCAUCUCCCUUUCAUAGUUCUCCGUACCAGUCAUCAUGACAUCCAGCGCGUUUUUCGUCCUCGAUAUAGGGAAACCCGGCGGCGGCGGCGGCGGCAGCGGCAAUUUCGCGUCGUACCUGCACGCGGCGAAGCCGUACUUAAUCGCCACCGCCGUAAUUCUCGCGCUCGAGCUGCCGUUCGUUCUCUUCCUGCAGCCAUGGCGAGUCGCGCAACAAGACGAGCCGCGUAUCGACGCCGCAAUAAUUCCCGAAGGCGGCGGACCUGCCGGGUGCAAGAUCAGCGCGGCUCAGUGCCGCGCUGAAGAGAACUACUGGCUGAAUGUGCAGCGACGCAAGGACUUCAACGGCGGCCAUUUCCAGCCGUCAGAUGUGACGGACGGCUCAGAUAUGCUCAUCCGCGUCCUCGUGCCCACGUACCAGUGCCCCGGGGAAGAGAGGCUGGGCGUGUGGGGGGACGGUGGUAAGUGGACGUGCAUGCUUCCGUCCACCAUUCAGCCCAAGCCCAUCGUCUACAGCAUAGGCAGUAACGAGUCCUUCUCAUUCGAGUACGAGAUCAGCCAGGAGCUGCACAUUCGCACCGACACCUUUGACCCGUUCAUACCAAAGGAGGCGCAGGAGCGAAUGAAGAAUCUGCCCUUCAUCCGCUUCCACGGCAUUGGCGUGGCCAGCGACGCUGACAUCAACAACUACCACAAGUGGUUCCCCAAGAUGAAGUUCAUGAAGCUGACUGAGAUCAUGGAGAGCCUGGGCCACACGUACGUGGACGUGCUCAAAAUCGACUGCGAGGGGUGCGAGGAGAAUUUCAUCAAGGAGUUGGUGGAGGCGAACCACCACAAGGUGGGGGCGCUCACUAUCCACGGAGGGCGGCUGCCAUUCGGCCAGAUGCUGUGCGAGUUUCACAGGACCGACAUGCCGAAUCGCACGCUUCCACUUGUCUAUGGUAUGGAGAAUCUCGGGUACCGCAUGUUCCACAUUGAACCCAACCCGCAGUGCCUGCACUGCCAGGAGAUUGCCUUCAUCCACGAAACCCUCGUCAAACCCUCAACCACCACCGACUGCCGGCCGUUCCUGCAACAAAACGGGCUUGCUCAGUUUAUUGACGCGAGUAGCUUGGCUCAAGAUGGGGAAGGGAAUGGCGAGGAACCUGCUUCUAGCAACUCUGCUGGUUCCAACUCUCCUGGCUCCCCAUAGAUCCCUCAUGGAACCAACCACCACCACCAACACCACCGACUGCUGGCCGUUUCUUCCACGGGCUUGCUCAGUUCUUUGACGCGAAUAGCUGGGCUCAAGAUUCGGGAGGGAAUGGCGAGGAACCUGCCGCUGGUACCAACUCUUCUGUUACCAGCUCUCCUGGUACCCGCUCUCCUGGAACCAGCUCUCCUGGUGCCUGCUCCCCUGGUUCCGCCCUGAUACUCCCUUGUUAAACCCACCGGCUGUUUCUUCAGCAUAGUGGCCUCACACAGGUCACUGAUGCGGGUGAUUUGGCUCGAGCUGACUUUUGAGUCGACUCAAAAGUGUUGUGACAUUGAAUGUGGUAUCUUUUGAGGGUACAUUCCUACGGGCCUUUCGCCACGGCAGUUUAUAAAGUGUCGAAAGGUUCCCGCCUAUUCUGCCAGUUGUCAGUUUGGCGCGCCGCUUUUGUGCGACAUUUGUAACGGUCGGAUUGGACUUCACAAUGUACGCAACUUGUGUCAACAUAUAUUUGAAUAUGUUGUAGGCUAGAUAGGUGCAUGCUCAUAGAGAGUACAACACCUUCGGACAGAACCACCCUGUAUCACACAUUCUAGUUAAAAAAAAAAAAAAAAAAAAAAAAAAAAAAAAAAAAAAAAAAAAAAAAAAAAAAAAAAAAAA